GCUUCAUUGUUCAAUGAAACUGUAACCACUUCCUUCAUGAAUCUCACAGAAGAGCAUCAAGAGACACCCUGUGUCCAUUCAAACUUUUCUUGUUUGCAAACUUCACCAACAGCAACAGAAAUGUUGCUGUAUAUGCCUGUAGCGAUAGUUGUCUCACUGACCGUGUGUGGAAACUUGCUUGUGAUCAUCUCCAUCUGUCACUUCAAGCAGCUUCAGACACCAACUAAUUUCCUUGUGCUCUCUUUGGCCAUGGCGGACUUUCUUGUUGGGGUAAUUGUGAUGCCCCUCUAUUUUACUAUGUGGAUAGAUCCAUGGAGGUGCUUUGAUAUUUUGUAUUGCACAACUUUUAAAGUAGCAGCUUAUUACUUUACUUGUAUAUCAAUUUAUAAUGUAGCUUUAAUUGCAUUGGACCGUUAUCUUGCUCUCUCCAACCCUUUUCACUAUUCCAUGAAAAUGACAGUGAAUGUAACUUUGAGGAUGAUUGUCAUACUUUGGUUGUAUUCAUUAAUCUACAAUAUGGUGCUUUUUUAUUUCAAUGGAGAUUUUACUGACAUGAAAGAAAACAUCACAUGUGGUGAGUGUUCUGUUACAGUUAAUAAGGUCUGGGCUAUUGUUGACUUCAUAAUUGCAUUUGUUUUACCAUGCUCAAUGAUUGUAAUUAUAAACUUGAAAAUUUUUGCUAUCGCUAAAAAGCAUGCAAAUAAAAUUAGGAGUGUCAGAAAGUGCCCAAAAAACGAUCAUGGUUCUAUGGCCUCUGAAAGGAAAGCAGCAAAAUCCCUUGGAAUUCUAGUGGCAGUCUUCCUUCUGUGUUUAGUACCCUACUAUGUAAGUGCCUUUGUUGAUAUGUAUUUCAGGAACAAAUCUGUCCAUCUUGCAAUUUCAAUUACAGCACCUCUAGUAUAUUUGAAUUCUUCCAUCAAUCCAAUCAUUUAUGCUCUUUUCUAUCCAUGGUUUCAGAGGUCUGUUAAACAUAUACUAACACUCAGAAUAUGUGGCUCAGAGUCUUCCAUCUUGAACGUACUUGAACGGGAAACACUGUAAGAAGUUGUUCUUUUCUAAAGUUCCUUGUCUUUUUUCAAACUUAGAAAACUGCUUUUAAUGUAUACUCCCUGGUGUUGGAGUAUAUUACAGAACUAGAUCAAACAGACUGGUUGUAUGUUUUACUGAUUUAAAAAAAUGUUCACAAUGGUGCCAUUUUGGAGUGUAUCUGUUUUUACAUUUGACAACCCAAUGUUUCUAUAAUUUGAUUGAAUGCCACUGUUUUCCUUUCUUGUAUUUUUUUAUAUAAUAAAAUAAGGUCCAUUGAGAAGUACAAGAAAUUUUCUUAGUCAUCAGUGGGCAGCAUGAGCUAAAGAAUUUUUUUUUAAUUGUGUAGUACUAAUUACUUCUCAUCCUGAGUCAUUUCACAUGCAUACAUAUAACUUUUCACAUUUUCACAUCAUUAAAAAACUUGGAAUAUUAAUUAGUUUGGAAUUCAGUUUUCAUUAUAUAUGACAAAGCAUUUAUAUAAUAUAAUUUUAAAUUAAUUUGAAUUUGUAUUCAUUUACCUAUUUAGUUGUUGACUAAUUUAUCUGAAUUAUGGUUGCGUUUAAUAUUUGGAACUCUUUUUUUGUACUCUUUACGGACAGUAACGUUUUGCACCUUCAUGUGAAUUUCCGAAUCUGAACACAAUCUAGAAUUUUCUGUUGCACUUGCAGAUUAAAAUGAGCCUAGGCAGGUGGUGGAAAAUCUCAUCUACAGAUACUGAGAAAUGGAACCAGUUGCUUCCUUUGAUUUGGAAUUUGGAACCCUAUUCCUGUACA